AUGUUCAGGCUUCCACAAGUGUUGGAUGAAUCUGAUCCGAAGGAAAUUGAAAACGCCAGACAAACAUUGACUGUUUUAAACAAUGUUGGAGAAACUUCAGAAAGGAAAAUGGAGAAGAAAACAACCUUAUCCAUCGUGCCUGGAGAUCUUUGCCCUGAACCGGAACUCAUUCCUGAUUUGUCAGGUUCGCUUCCCCAGGCAGUGUUAUUAAUUGAAAAUCUUCAAGAAGCAGAAGUUGCCGCUGCGCAUCCUGAAGUAAAACCCGGCGGAGAAUGGAAACCGUCUGAAUGCAAGGCUCGUCACAAGGUAGCCAUCAUCAUACCUUUUCGCGAUCGUCAAAGUCAUCUCACGCGAUUACUUGAUUUCCUUAUUCCGAUUCUUCAACGGCAGCGCCUGGACUUUCGAUUCAUUGUUACUGAGCAGUAUGGGAACGAUCUUUUCAACAAAGGACGUAUAAUGAAUGCGGCAUUCCGAUUUGCGGAGACAUUAAAUGUCGAUUGCGUCAUUUUCCACGAUGUCGAUAUGUUCCCACAGGACGACCGUAACCCAUACUCGUGCCCUCCGUCGCCGAGACAUAUGGGAGCAUUUGUUAGCAAUUUAGGAUACCAAUUGUGGUACAAGGAAAUAGUCGGAGGUGUUCUAGCUGUAUCUAUGGAUGAUUAUCGCUACAUUAAUGGAUAUUCCAAUAUGUAUUGGGCUUGGGGAGGGGAAGAUGAUGAUAUGGGAAAACGUAUACUUUCUCUAAAUUACACAAUAGAGCGACCGCACUCGGAAACCGGACGAUAUUCCAUGUUGAAGCACGUGAAACGGAAAAGAACCGCACCUAAACUAAUUUAUAAGUUACUCGAGAUAGCGGAUAAACGAGUUGCAUAUGAUGGGUUAAACGAAACUGACAAGUGGACUGUGAGAAAGAUCACUGUUCGCCCUCUCUAUUAUCACUUGUAUGUAGAUGUAGGCGCAGUUCCCGAAGAGUGGCGUGAGAAGAAGAGCUAG